AUGUCCUUAUCACAGAAACAUUACUUGGAUAUUUCAUCCUGGCUUGGAAAGAAUAGAAAUGACCAGGCCACAAAGAAUUUUCUUCCAGAUCUCAAAAACCACCUGCCAGGUCACUUGUCAGGACUGGACUAUGACAGAGACAAGACUUCAUUUAGUGCAGCAUUAUCAUUAUAA